AUUCUGUCAGACGUCUGUGUUGGAGCAAUUGAUUGUCACCAUGAUUCAACAAAAGAAACUGAAAAUCGCGGUCAUUCCUGGGGACGGAAUCGGCACAGAAGUCAUGCCGUACGGCGUACGAUGUCUGCAAGCAGCGGCGAAAGCUUUUAACCUGGAACUUGAAUUUGAGGAAUUCGACUUCGCAAGCUGCGACUAUUACAAGAAACACGGUGACAUGCUUCCAAAGGACUGGAAUUCCACCUUGUCCAAGUUCGACGCCAUCUACUUCGGAGCAGUAGGCAUGCCAGACCAAGUCCCCGACCACGUCAGUUUAUGGGGUAGCCUCCUGAAGUUUCGGCGCGAGUUUGACCAGUAUAUCAACUUGCGGCCUGCGCGCUUAAUGCCAGGAGUGCGCUGUCCACUUGCAGGGCGCAAACCAGGAGAUAUCGACUUCUGGAUCGUUCGAGAGAACACUGAGGGAGAGUACAGUAGUAUUGGGGGAAAGAUCUUCGAGGGCACCGACCGAGAAACAGUCAUCCAAGAGACAGUGAUGACCCGAACUGGAGUCGACAGAGUGCUGAAAUAUGCUUUCGAAUUGGCUCAGAGUAGGCCGAAGAAACACCUGACGAGUGCAACCAAGAGUAACGGCAUAAGCAUCACAAUGCCUUAUUGGGAUACCAGGGUCGAGAAUAUGGCCAAGUCAUACCCCGAAGUGAAUGUCGACAAAUACCAUAUCGACAUCUUGACGGCACACUUUGUCCAAAGGCCUCAGAUCUUUGACGUGAUAGUCGGGAGCAAUCUUUUUGGAGACAUUCUCUCAGACCUGGGCCCAGCCUGCACGGGGACAAUAGGCAUAGCCCCGUCAGGAAACAUCAAUCCAACGGGUGAAUUCCCAAGCCUGUUCGAGCCCGUACAUGGGAGUGCGCCAGAUAUCGCAGGAAAGGGCAUCGCCAAUCCCGUAGGAAUGAUCUGGGCCGGUCAGAUGAUGCUGGAACACUUCGGCUUCAAGGAGGCUGCAGCGGCAAUGCUGAAAGCGGUCGAGAACGUGCUCUCUCGAGCAGACGAGGCCGUCAUUACAGCGGACAUGGGAGGGAAGGGGAACACGAAGAGUUUUGGGGAGGCGAUUGAAAAGGAGAUUUUGGCGUUGGCGUAAACUUGAAAGCUAGAGUAUAUAUCUACUUUAGAACGGCGGGAUUUCUCUUAUCGAUACCCAGGAUGAGGGUUAGAAAAAAA